UGCGCGCUGUCACUUAGUUUCCCUUGUUAAAGUUUUAAAGAUUGAUAUAUGAUAAUUCCUGAUCAUCCGGCUUGUUGUUUAUCAUAUGUACUGUAGAGAACAUAUUAUGGCCAACAAUAGAGUUGGACAAAACGGGCUUGCCAAAAUCCAAACGCAAAAGAAGGAAGCUGAUGUUUGCCACGAUGACAGUGCAGCUCCUGUUAAAGCUCAGACGAUCGACGAGCUUCAUUCUCUUCAGAAGAAGAAAUCUGCUCCCAAUACACCCCUUAAAGAUACUCAGGGUGUUUUUGCUAACAACAUCACUGAAAUAGAACGCCAAAAGCAGCAGCUACAAUCGAUCAGUGCUUCAUUGGCAUCCCUGACGCGAGAGACUGGUCCAAAGGUGGUGAAAGGUGAUCCUGCGAGGAAGCUUGAGACUCCCAAGGAGGCCCAUGUUCACCAUUUUAGUCCGACGAUCGGUGUUAGUGAUAGCGCCCUCAAGUUUAUUCACGUCCUUUAUAAUCUUUCUCCUGCUGAACUUUACGAGCAAGCUAUUAAAUAUGAGAAAGGGUCAUUCAUAACUGCAACCGGUGCUUUAGCCACACUUUCUGGGGCAAAGACAGGUCGAUCACCCAGAGACAAACGUGUAGUCAAGGACGAAACCACAGAGGAUGAACUUUGGUGGGGAAAGGGCUCGCCCAACAUCGAAAUGGACGAGCAUACCUUUAUGGUGAACAGAGAAAGAGCUGUCGAUUACUUGAAUUCCUUGGACAAGGUCUUUGUGAAUGAUCAGUUCCUCAAUUGGGACCCAAAACACAGAAUCAAAGUUCGUAUCAUAUCUGCCAGAGCUUAUCAUUCCUUGUUCAUGCACAACAUGUGCAUCCGCCCCACUCCAGAAGAGCUGGAGGAUUUUGGUACUCCAGAUUUCACCAUAUACAAUGCUGGGCAGUUCCCAUGUAACCGUUACACCCAUUACAUGACUUCUUCUACUAGCAUAGACCUCAACCUUGCUAGAAGAGAGAUGGUCAUUCUUGGCACACAGUACGCUGGGGAAAUGAAGAAAGGUUUAUUCAGUGUAAUGCACUAUCUCAUGCCAAAGCGUCAAAUCCUCUCCCUUCACUCCGGAUGCAACAUGGGGAAGGAUGGCGAUGUAGCCCUUUUCUUCGGAUUAUCAGGUACAGGGAAGACAACUCUGUCCACUGAUCAUAACAGGUAUUUAAUUGGAGAUGAUGAGCAUUGCUGGAGUGAGAAUGGUGUCUCAAAUAUAGAAGGCGGUUGCUAUGCUAAGUGCAUUGAUUUGUCAAAAGUGAAGGAGCCUGAUAUUUGGAAUGCCAUCAAGUUUGGGACUGUGUUAGAGAAUGUGGUGUUUGAGGAGCAUACUCGAGAAGUGGAUCACUCAGAUAAAUCUGUCACAGAGAACACUAGGGCAGCCUAUCCUAUUGAGUAUAUCCCCAAUGCUAAGAUACCAUGUGUUGGUCCUCAUCCAAAGAAUGUCAUCCUUCUGGCUUGUGAUGCAUUUGGUGUGCUUCCUCCCGUGAGCAAGCUGAGCCUGGCACAAACCAUGUAUCACUUCAUCAGUGGCUACACAGCUCUGGUUGCUGGGACAGAGGAAGGUGUGAAGGAGCCACAGGCCACAUUUUCAGCCUGCUUUGGUGCGGCAUUUAUAAUGCUGCACCCGACCAAGUAUGCUGCAAUGUUAGCAGAAAAGAUGCAAAAGCAUGGGGCUACAGGGUGGCUUGUUAACACUGGCUGGUCAGGAGGAAGCUAUGGGUCAGGCGGUCGUAUUAAGUUAGCAUACACAAGAAGGAUCAUCGAUGCCAUUCACUCAGGAAGCCUUUUGGAGGCAAACUACAAAAAGACUGACGUAUUUGGUCUAGAAAUUCCAACUGAGAUCGACGGUGUCCCUUCUGAAAUCCUGGACCCUGUGAACACCUGGCCAAACAAGAUGGCCUACAAGGAUACCCUACUGAAGUUGGCUGGUUUGUUCAAGAAAAACUUCGAGGGAUUCAUGAAUUAUAAGAUAGGAAAAGACAGCAAGCUGACGGAAGAGAUCCUCGCAGCUGGUCCUAUCUUUUGAGCAGCCAUCUGCUUUGAGAUUGGUGGAGAGAUGGUUUAAUGUAAAAGAAAUAAUUGAGACAAGUAGGAUAUGCUUGUCAAUCCAAUGUAUUUCUAUUUCCUUGUUGUCAUGGACUUUUCUCCUACGUUAAAAAUUUUCUUAUGAAUUGGAGUUUUAAGAUUUGGUUUUGGGUUUGGUUAGAU